UUGCAGACGAUAAAGCGCAGGCGGUGGCACCAGAGGGUGAAAAACAUUGAAGUUCCACUCCGAAUUUAUUAAUAUUUUGUAAAAUAUCUUUUUGUCGCUUCACCGAACAUCGGGAACCUGCAGCGGGAAAAUGAGAGUCGAUGAACUCAGGAGUAAGGGGGACAGGUGGAAUAAUCAAUAGGAGCGUCCGGCUGGGGAUUGGAAUGUUUAUUUGGGUCUCUGAGGGCAUGUGGCUAAGGUUUUCGAUGUGGAAAUUGUCGGUGGAGCUGUUUGAAUGGAUUAAUCAGUCAAAGGGAAAAUGAAAUGUCCAAGAGGACAACUAAAAGCUCCGAAAACGUGAGAAAACGAGAAAGCAUGACAGUCGCUCGUGAGAAAAAUUCGUCGAGUUUCGUUCCUCCAAUAUCAACAGCGAGAAAAAAUCCUUGGCCGAGUGGUAUUGACACAAGUCGAGAUGACAACAGUGGGACAUCUUCCUCGUGGCCUGAAGACAUUGAGGAAGUUGCCACGAGGAAAGUACUGGAUCUGUGGAGUGCUGUUGAAAGAACUCUUUAUAAAGAGGAUGAUGAAGAUGUGAAUUCGACCCAGGGGACCGUCACGGAGGAGUGUAUUCAAUGGAGGACACAGGUGCCACAUUUGAGAGUCAUUGGGAAAAAGAUGAAUAUUCCAGUUGUUGAUGAAGAUGGAGAGAUUUGUGUGACGGAAUUGCCAAGAAGACUGCGGGGCAGAGAUGAGGAGACCAUGGCUAACGAGAAAAAGAAACCGACCUCAUCAAAGGGGAAUAAAGAUCUCAAAGAAAAAAUCAUAGAUCUGCUGGUAGAUUACAUAAUGGAUGAAGUAGAAAAAGCCGAUUUACCGUCAGACGCAUCAAAAGACCUAGACGACGUACUCCGAAUAACACCGGCGCCAACGUACAGUGGUAGAAAGACAUUGAAAUCGCGAAACCUAAGUAAUUCAAGUAGAAAUCGUAGUGCCAAUAGAAUAAAAUCGUUCGAAUUGACUGAACUGAUUCCCGAUAGCAAAGCUUUCAAAAAAAUUACUGAAAAUGCCAAAAACGCAAUUGACGAUAAUAAUGAGGACGAGGAUGAUGCCUCGAGUGUUGAUACGAGCCAGCUUGGUAGAAAUAAACUUGGCACUGUUUUUAAUAAGAAAAUUGUUGUCAGUCCUGUGCCAUUUGCCGUUACAACGCGCGAGAGUUUUUGCACAUUGAGAACAACACCGAUUAAAUAUGCUGGACAUCUUCUAGAGCUUACACCUCAUGGUUUCUACAGAAACAUGAGCUCAGCGUCUAAAAUCACUUCGGCAAAGCAUUCGACCCUGAGUAAACUUCCCCAGAGGCACUCGUCAGCCUGGCAAACACCAGUGUCUCGUUCAGCCUGUCCAAAAAAUAUUCGUCUUGCACCCAUCGAUCCUUCCAGAUUGCCCAGCAGUAAUAAAAAUAGUAGAUCAGUGGCACCAUCAGGAGUGGUACCACCUCAGCGUCCGAAAAAUUCACUCAGUCCAAUUCCCCGUGCCCUUAAGGCCGCAUCCGCUGAUAAUUUCACCAGUGAGAUGCUAGAGAUCCAGGGUAGGCAGAUCACCCAAUCUGCGAAGCCCAAUUUCAUCAAAAACGGAUGGGAUUAUCCCAGAACACAGCGGAGGAGAAAAAAGUUGGCGAACGAGUGAUCGAUCCAGAGCGACAUAGACUGAUGAACAAAGUUUUGUGAUUGGAGGAAUUUUAUAACGUUGUUGAGGAAUUUGAGAGAGUGAUUGCACUUUUUUUAGAGUAACCACUGGGGGGACUC